AAAAAAGGUCUUGGCUUUGGGAUCAUUGAGUUGAUAACAAAAGGUGAGGAUAAAAUAUCAAAAUGUUUGUAUUGUCAUGUUGAUGUUUGUGGUGACUCUAAAAGUGGUACAAGUGUUAUGAAAAUUCAUCUUUCAAAGUGUAAGGAUUAUCCCCCCUAAUAUUGAGCAAUCACAAAGGCUUCUUGCUUUUUUUAGUGAUAAAAGUCAACAAACUUUAGUAGAUAGUAUUGGUGAUAAUAAAAAAUGUGAAAAGAAAGGGAAAUUAGAAUUUUGGAAGUUUAGGCAGGAGGAUGGUCGAAAAGCUUUUGCUAAAAUGAUAAUAAUGGAUGAAUUGCCAUUUAGGUUUUCUGAGCGUGAGGGUUUUCGCCAUUUUAUGUCUGUUGUUCAACCAAAUUUCAUUAUUCCCUCUCGUUUCACAGUUGCUAGAGAUUGUUAUCGUGAUGAAAAAAAAAUAUGAAAAGCUACUUUAGCAAGUGUUCUUCUCAUAUUUGUCUCAUUACCGAUACAUGGACCUCUUGUCAAAUUUUGUCUUACAUGUGUUUAACAGCCCAUUUUAUUGAUCAUAAUUGGAACUUGCACAAAAAAAUUUAAAAUUUUUGUCCAAUUAGUGGCCAUUCAGGUGAGGCUAUUGGUAAAUUGGUUGAAAAGUGUUUGCCUGAGUGGGGUAUCACGAAGGUAAUGACCAUUACCGUAGACAAUGCAAGUUCAAAUGAUGUAGGGGUUCAAUAUUUGAGGAGGAGGUUGGAAAGAUGGAAAGAUGGGACUAUUUUAGAUGGUAAAUUUGUGCAUAUGCGAUGUGCAGCCCACCUUCUUAAUUUAACAGUGAGGGAAGGUUUGAAAGAAUGUGAUGAAUCAAUAAAAAGAAUACGUAAUGCUGUGAGAUUUGUUAGAUCUUCCCCUGCUAGAUUAUUGCAAAAGUUUUGAAAUUGUGUUAAUCAAGAACAAAUUGAAUCAAAACGUCAACUUUGUUUGGAUGUUGAAACUAGGUGGAACUCCACUUAUUUGAUGUUAGGAUAUGCUAUGGUUUAUCGAAAAGCUUUUGAUUUGUUGGAAAAUUCUGAUGGUGGUAAAUUUCUUGCUGAACUAACAAAACUUUCUGGUGUUCCUACCGAUAACGAUUGGGAUCGUGUUACUUCUUUGCUUCCCUUUCUUAAGAUAUUUUAUGAUGCCACUUUGAGACUUUCUGGAUCUUUGUAUGCUACUACUAAUGUGUAUUUGCUUGAACUUGUGACAAUUUGGAAGAUGAUUAAAAAAAAGUGUAAAAGUGUUGAUAGUGGUGAAAUGUUAAUGGCCUAUGGGAUGAAGAAAAAGCAUGAAAAAUAUUGGGAAAAUGUGGAUAACAUUAACUUGAUGUUAUAUGUUGCUGUUGUGCUUGAUCCUAGACGAAAAAUGCAUUAUGUGAAGUGGGCUAUUAAUGAUCAAUAUGACUCUAUGAAGGCUGCAAAAUUGCAUGAUAUGGUCAUGAAUACUUUGAAUUUGUUGUAUGAACAUUAUGCUUCUUUACAAAGUCAAAAUGUGCCAAAUGUUUAUGAAAAUAUUGAUUUGAGUUCAAGAGACUUGGAAACUUGUAAUGAUUGGCAUGAUGUGGCGGAUUAUGAGUUUGAAAGGGAUAUUGGUGGACAAACGGUUUUUGAUACAAAAAAGUGAUUAGGACAAGUACUUAAUGGAUGAUAGAGAGCGUAUCACGAGUAAGAAUUUUGAUGCUUGGGAUGGUGGAAAAAAAGGGUGGAGAGAUAUCCUAUUGUUGGUCUUAUGGCUAGGGAUGUAUUAUCCAACGGUUGCAUCUGAAUCUGCGUUUAGCACCGGUGGGAGAGUACUUGAUGUGUUUCGUAGUUCUCUUUCUUCACAUAUGGUUGAAGCUUUGAUAUGUGCACAAGAUUGGAUGCGUAGUACACGUGGUCCACUUGUGAUUGAAGAAAGUAUUGAUAAUAUUCAACAAAUUGAAGAGGAGUUGUCUUCUCUUGUUGAUCCUCUCUGUCGAUGAUUAUUUUUAGAAUUAAAGUCACAAGAAAAUCAGUUGGUGUGCUUCAUUACCUAACUGCUAGUCUGCCACUGGUGGAGCAUGGGAUCCUCAUGAUGUGAAUUCUGUUACAUUAACUAGUGAAUUAGCAAUCCAACUCUGGGAUUUACGGACUUUGAACAUUUCUUUGUUUUGUAAUGUGUCAAUUAGUAUGCAAGUUCUCCAAAAUUUCUUUGUAUUGUAAUAUGUUAUAAUUAGUUAGACUUCAAGUUUUUUUUAAUCAUGUGAGUUUGUUCACGGGUUAUUCAAUCAGUCACUUUGGUUUGUUCGGGUUA